AUGGUUGCGGAUACGGUUAAGGUGGUUGAUGGGGCUGUUACUUUGGUUUGGGAUUGGUUGGGGAACCCGAGCUCAACAGAGGAGUUGGAGCAGCUGCAAAAUUGCUCUAAUCUUUUGUUUUCUACAGGUUACAAUGAACGGAGAGACAAGUGGCUAUGGAAAGGAUCCAAAGAUGGGAUGUUUUCGGUUGGUAGUGUUCAAAAAGAGCUGCAAAUAUCGAACCAUCAUGUAGGCUUUUAUGCUCAUGAAUGGUGCAAAUGGAUUCCAGCGAAAUGUAACAUUUUUGCGUGGAGGGCGGAAAUGGAAAGGCUCCCUACCAGAGUAGAACUGAGAAAAAGGAAGAUCAACAUUGAAAACGAGCUCUGCGUUUUUUGUGGAGUUCAAGAGGAAACGGCGAAUCAUCUUUUCACGGGAUGUGCAAUGGCUGCGGGUGUUUGGCAAGCUGUAUCUACAUGGUGCGGUAUUCCUCACAUUUUUGCAUUCACGGUAAAGGAUUUGAUGGAAAUGCACAAGUUGAUUCCUAUGUCGGCUAGAAGAAAAGAAGUCUUACGAGUAGUGAUUAUCAUAGCUUGUUGGAGAAUUUGGAAGGCGAGAAAUGAGCGCAUCUUUGAAGAUAGAAAGUCGAGUGUGGCAGAGAUAGUGGCGGAUUUGAAGGCCUUGGGGUUCCUUUGGUUAAAAAAUAGGCAAAAUUUUGUAUGCGUAAAAUGGAAAGAUUGGUGUAACUUUCAGUUUGUGUAA